UCUGGGAUCUAUCUGGGAUCUGAAGGUGAAAGAAAGAUUUGGGAAGACAGAAAAAAACAAACACAAGACUAACAAAUUCAUCCAGACAAGACCUUUGCGUUUUGCUGAUCAGCAAUAAAUAACCUAGCUUUUUCAAAAGGACAACGCUUGACAUGGAGAUCACCAGGCGUUACUUGCCAUUGGAAUGGGAAGAGCGUUGGAGGAAAGAGAAGGAGAGAAAGAGACGAGUCAUGGAAGAAGGUGGUGAAGGUUUGGAGCAGGAAAACCAUGAGCUGAGGAGAAUUGUUGCCUACAAUGACUCUAGGAUGGGACUGAAAAGCUGGAUGGAUAAAAAAGACGGGUCAGAGGUCAGGACAAGUAGAAGAAGUCAGGAUAUGAGAAAAGAAGGCCUUGGUGAUAAUGGCCACACAUAUCACAGCGACACCUAUCCCACGAAGAUAUUCCAAGCCCUGAAGGAAUUUUGGGAUUCAUCUCUUCUUACAGACCUAACUCUGAUCACUGAAAAUGGCAGCAGUUUCCAUGUACACUCUAUUGUUUUGGCUGCUGUCAGUUCCUUCAUCUUGGACACACUCAAGGAAAAAAAAGGGAAACUGUGGAACGGUAAUAAGGAUGUAGGAGCUCAUAGGUGGUCGGUAUCUCUGGCUACGGAAGUUGAUUGUGCUGGGCUUCAGGGAAUAGUGGAGUUUGCCUAUACUGGGGCUGUGUUCUGCCUAAACAGACACACUGUGGCUCAGAUCAAGGCUGCAGCACAAGCACUGGGGGCUCCUAGAGUGAUGGAUCUCUGCAACAAAGAGGAAAGAAUAAAGGAGGAUGGAAGUACAGAGAAAGAACAGGCAGCCUGCCCUCUAGAACAAAUGAGGAUUACUCUUCAGUGUAUUGAACAUCUGUGGGAAGAGAGAGAGGGAUGUGAUGUGGUUUUGCAGAUGGAUGGAGCUUCACUGUAUGCCCACAGAGUUAUCCUGGCAGCCAGCAGUGACUAUUUCCGUGGCAUGUUCACCUGUGGAAUGAGGGAAUCCCAUCAGACCUCUGUUGCCCUUCCUUUUGUGUUAGCAUCUGAAUUAGAGAUUCUUAUUGCUAGUUCCUACAGUGGAACCCUUUUACUCAGCUGGAAAAAUGUCUUUGAGAUUACCUGCACUGCUCUCCAGCUUCAGUUCCAAACCACCCUCUCACUUUGCCUCGAUUUCAUGCAUCAGAAAAUAGAUGCAAGCUCCUGUUUGGAUGUGGCAUCAUUUGCUGAAGCCUAUGGAAUGCCAGAGCUCCUUGAGCAAGCCAGUGAUUUUGUACUUCAGAACUUCUGGGAGGUGUCAGUCACAGCAAAGUUUCAGGAUCUACCAGCGGAGAAGCUUUUAGGCUUCCUCAGCAGCGAUGGUCUCUGCGUACCAUCAGAGUUGGCUGUAUUUCGAGCUGUAAUCUUUUGGGUUGAGGCUGAUCCUGAAGAGAGACUUGGUCAGGCUGGCUUAUUAAUGACUGGGGUCCGCUUUCCCCUCAUGACCUUUCGAGAAUUUAGAGAGGUAAGAGCUGUCAAUUUGCGCAUGGAGUGUUUUGGAAACAGAGAGGUGGAACUCUAUGGCUCUGCCCUCAAGCAGUUUGGAUUUAGCCUGCCAACAACCCAAGAUCAGUGUCGGGUCAGGCGACCAAAAGAUGCCUUGAUCCUAACCGGAGGAGACCAGCUCAACCAAGAUGUGGGUCAACGCAUACCAAGCAGGGAAGUGUGGUUUGUAAACUCCUUGCGCAGUGGCACAGGAUUGGUAAAGGAGAUAGAGUGGAGGAAGCUGAGUGAGAUGCCAGACAAGCCAAAGUUCAGGCAUGGAGCAGCAGUAAUGGAUGGAAGGCUGUAUUUGGCUGGCGGAUGCUAUUUCUAUGCCAAGGAUGACAUGAUGAAAUCCGCCUACAGUUACGACCCCCAGUGUGACAGCUGGGAGAGGCUGGCUGACAUGCAGGAGAUCCGAUCUAACUUCUCACUGGUGGUACAUGAGAAGUGUCUUUAUGCCAUUGGUGGCGAUAAGAACACCAACACCAACGUAGACAGUGUAGAAACAUACAAUCCAGACAGCAACACAUGGAGCUUUGUCCAGCCCCUGGAUCAGGCUCUAAGCGGAUAUGCUGCCACUGCUUUUAAUGGCGGAAUCUUCAUCUCAGGAGGUUUCAACUGUAAGUAUGUGUGUUUGGUUUCUAUGUUUUUGUACCAGCCAAGAAGUGGCACCACCUACCUGGCAGACAUGACCCAUGACCGGGCCCAGCACUGCAUGGAGGCCCUGCGAGGCCACCUUUAUGUCGCUGGUGGAGUUCGUAACCUGGGGGAAUAUUACACCGACCAACGAGCCUGUGAGGUGUAUGAUCCUGUGACAGACAGCUGGACAGAUUUUGCAGCCCUGCCUGUGCCACAUGUGGGCGCAGCUUCAGCUGUCCUGGAGAGUAAGAUCUAUGUACUGGGAGGAUACUGCCAGGAUGACUUCAGUGAGUCUGGACUGGUCCAUCGGCUGGAUCCCAGCACACAGAGAUGGGAGAGUAUGGGGAAACUGCAGGGACCUGUUACUGACAUUUGUGCCUGUCUGCUCCAACUGCCUGAACAUCUAAGGCAGUAGGAGCCUGGAGCUGAAGGUUGAUUCUUCUGGAAAAAGUUUUUGGAGUUUAAAUAGAAGAGAUUUCUUUUGCUUCUAUUUUUAAAUAUUGAAAUCAAACAUGAAUAUAAUAUGAAAAAGUACUGGAUGUAAACAAGAUGAUUAUAUAAUUGUGCACAAACUUUACCUUGUUUCUGUGACAAAUUUGUAAACCAUUUUCAGCAUAUUGUAGUGGUUCUGGUGUUUAUUUGUAUUUAUGCACAAACAACAAUCAAACACAACACAUACUGUAAAUAAAUUCUCUCACAUAAAGGUAAUUUUCUAAAACACUAGAAUACAAUUCACAUGACAAUAAUAACAAUAAAACAUUAAUAUUUAAGGAAAUCAUAAAACAAAAAAGUUUCACUUCAGUCACUUCAUACAUAUUGAGGAGCUCAUUUUAUCUUAUUCUAGUACCGUAUGCUCAUGUCCCUCAAAAUGCAAUUACACUGUACAUCACUAAUCACUAAUCACACUCACUUGAAACGAUAGAAAAGAAGACAUAUAAAAGACAUGCUGUUGAUGGAGGUUCACCCAUAAAUUAUUGUGUAGUCAGCUAUGUGUGAUAUUGUUAUAUUGACAUAUAUAUGUGCUAAACUGCUGUACUAUGUAAAGUCCUACAGUAUGAGAUGACCUUUGUUGGAAUGUGGCUUCAUGAAAUAAAUACAUUUGCAUUUGUGUCA